UUAUGGGUAAACUUUUAGAUCUCGUGCUCCAUCCGGCCGAGUUGAAGGCCGUUAUACAAUUCAAAUUUUUCAGACAUGUCGAAAACCCACUGGAUCCCAAGUCGCAGACUCCGUCCGAGGCCCUGUGUUACAAGAUGCUGGCUCAUUGUUCGCGUUCUUUUGUCGCCGUGAUCAUGGAGUUGAAUCCCGAGCUACGCAAUGUCGUUAUGCUUUUCUACCUGGUUUUGCGGGCGCUCGAUACGAUCGAAGACGACAUGACGCUCGACACUGAGCUGAAAAUUCCGAUGUUGAGAACUUUCGACUCGAAGCUGAAUCUCAAGGAGUGGACAUUCCACGGGAGCGGGCCGAAUGAAAAAGACCGUAUCGUUCUGGUCAACUUUGACAGUAUUCUGACCGAGUAUCAUAAGCUCCAGCCAAAGUACCAAGACAUCAUCAAGGACGUUACGCGUAAGAUGGGUAACGGCAUGGCUGAUUACGUGGUGAACGAGGAGUUUAAUUUUAACGGCGUGGCCACCGUGAAGGACUAUGACCUGUACUGCCACUACGUGGCAGGGCUGGUGGGAGAAGGGCUCACGCGGAUGAUUGCGGCAGCAGACUUUGGACACCCUGAUCUGGCCAACAAAAUGUACCUUAGCGACUCCAUGGGUCUUUUCCUGCAAAAAACGAAUAUCAUCAGAGACUUCCGCGAGGACCUGGAGGACGGCCGGUCUUUCUGGCCGAAGGAGAUCUGGGCCAAGCACACAGACAAGCUCGCCAACUUUGCGAAGCCAGAGCAUCUCCAGGAGGCUCUGAACUGUAGCUCUGAGCUCGUGCUCAACGUUCUGGACCACGUCAAAGACGUCCUGGUGUACCUUUCGAUGGUCUACGACCACUCCACAUACUGUUUCUGUGCGAUUCCGCAGGUGAUGGCCAUUGCUACGCUGGCCCUAGUGUUCCAGAACCCGUACGUGUUCCAGAGAAACGUCAAGAUCAGAAAAGGAGAAACGUGCAGCCUGAUCCUCGAAUGCAGAACGUACCAAGGCGUGCUCAACGUGUUUUCCAGAUACCUCAGGGUGAUUCAUCACAAGUGUCCGGUUUCUGAUCCGCUGUAUCUCGAGAUCGGAAUGAAAUGCGGCGAGCUCGAACAGUUUAUCGAGGAGCUCAACCCUAACCCAAGCCAUCUGCCAAAGGGUCUCGAGCCACGCAAGACCGUGUACUCUGAGCUGGCCCAGACGAAGAUCCGCAAGGACGCCGAUUUGGCCAAGAGUUUGUGGAGAGAGCAAUUUGCAUGCAACGCGUCUCUGGCUCUUGUCGCACUGUGUGUGGUGACCUUGCUAUCUAAAACCUACUAACAGACUAUAAUAUCUCCCAUUGUGAGUUUCCGUAGUCCGUCGCGUAAAAGUAUUCCGGGUGGUCUGGCAGCCGUACGUGGACCAGAGCUGUGCGGUGCUGGCGACUGUCCAGCGUGCUUUGUAUGUGCUCGAGCGGCGCGAUCAUCUGCAUGUCUGGCCUUUCUGCAACCAGCUUCAGUUUGAGAUCGUUCGUGCUCUCGGACACGUGACUCAGGUACUCGACGCACUUGUCUGGCAGCGCCCGGCGCUUUCUGAUCUCUGCAAUUGCAAUAUACAGGGUCUCGUGCUCUGUGCCGCUCGCGUGACACUGCAGAAGAGCCAACACGUCUUUAUCGGACAGUGGGAUAUCUAGCCGUGUGGCCAGCUCCAAAAUGUUGAGACUGCACAGUUUAGCAGCAUGUUUGGCUGCUCCCUCAAAUAAGACAUGGAAAUGGCGGUCUUCGAGUAGAUGCUGCAAUUUAUGUCGUGCCAAAUAGCGAAGCACAAAAAUCAUGCUACCAAAAUGGCCGCAGAAAUAGAUCGAGCGCAGCGCAGCGUACAGGGCCAGCUGGAUAGUCCGUGGCUUGAGCCCGGCAAUCUCGUUAAAGUGCUCUUCUAUCUCCUGGUAAUUGUUUCUCGCAAAAAGACUGUCUUGGAACAUUCUGGGCGCCAGCUCGUCGUACGAUAUCGGGAUUUCCAGCUCGUCGAGGAAUUUCCAGCUGUAUGUGGGUCCCAAUAGGGAUGCCGCCGUGGUUGCCACGGGAACCUGUGCCUCCUGGUCAUGUACCUUCAGAACCACGUCGAACGCUCGCUCGAGGUCGUUGUUUUCCACGAAAAGCCGGCACAGCCCAAGCAAAAAUUCGCCUGUAAACUCUGUAUCUGCUAUGUCAGCAUACACGGCCGCGACGACGUCGUAGUUGUUAUUUUUGAGGGCAAUGGCCGCCAGACUGGCGUAAUUGAGAGGCGUCAGCAUCUUCGAUGGCAGGUUCCGCAAAAUAAAUAGGAUUGUCUCGGUGUCGUUUCUGUUGCUUGCCUCGAUCAGCAGCGUGAUCGCAUACAGUCUUUCCAUAUACCGGGGGUCCGCCAAGAGAUUGGCGCGGCGGAAUUCCAGCACGGCCAUCUCGUAGCUGCCGUUCAGCAGAAACCCGCGGAUCUUGUAUCCGCGCGCAAGGUCGGGCGCCUUCUGUUCGACAUAUGUGAAGAAUAAAUGGUUGUAGUAUGGAUUAUUUUUGCGCAGGAACACCUUUAGUGUAAAAUCCAGAAACCCUGCUGCCACGUACUGGGCCUCCUGCAUCACUCCGUACACUUGCGGGAGUCUUUUGUGCAGCGAUUCCUUGGGCCCCAGCUCGGCGAGUUUUUUGAACAGCGC